UCCCUCCCUUCCACCAGGACCACUUUGCAAAUUCUUUUCAACGGUCCCUUCAUAUUUUUCCUCCUCUUUGACCAGCUACCACCAGUAUCCUCUUGUUAGUUCUAUGGCCAGUGUUGCCGUCGCUACUCCCCCUUUGUCAGAUCCUUUCCCCCUAGUAUCCGAGUCUGCGUCUGCAGAAAAUAUUACUGGCUUCUAUGCCGUCGAACGUGAUCCCAAUUCUUGGGCAGGGGCCAUGCCCGCUAACCAGGGUCUGUACUCCAACGAGAACGAGAAAGAUUCCUGUGGUGUAGGUUUCCUCUGCCAUAUCAAGGGGCAGCCCAGUCACAAGAUCGUCUCUGAUGCUCGACAUCUACUCUGUGCGAUGACUCAUAGAGGUGCUACCGGUGCUGACAGCAGAGACGGAGAUGGAGCUGGUGUGAUGACUGCCAUUCCGCACGAGUUCUUCAAAAGAGAGGCUGAAAGAGACAUUGGCUGCCUUCUUCCUGAGCCCGGCGAGUAUGCAGUCGGCAACGUUUUCUUCAAGGCCAACGACCCCGUCCUUCUCCAAACUCAACAGGCCACAUUUGCCAAGAUUGCCAAUGACCUCGGUUUGCGAGUCCUGGGCUGGCGAGAAGUCCCUACUGAUGGAACGAUACUCGGCCCAGCAGCAAGUAGCAAAGAGCCGGCUAUCGUUCAGCCAUUUGUUGUUCUUCGAGCUCAUUAUGGUGAUGGUAGCGUCAGCCAAGGUGGGACUUUCGAUGCAAAAUAUUUUGAGCUUCAGCUCUAUGUUCUUCGCAAGCGCGCGACUCAUAGCAUUACGCUUGCAAAAGGUUUUUACGUUUGUUCGCUAUCGUCAAAAAACAUCGUAUACAAGGGUCAACUUACCCCGCCGCAAGUGUACAACUAUUACCACGAUCUCAACCAUGUCUUAUAUCGCGCCCACUUCACUCUGGUGCAUUCACGUUUCUCGACGAAUACGUUCCCCAGUUGGGACCGGGCACAGCCUAUGAGAUGGGCGGCUCACAAUGGUGAAAUCAAUACUGUUCGAGGAAACAAGAAUUGGAUGCGCGCUCGAGAAGGCGUGCUCCACUCCAAGAAUUUCGGCGAUCAACUCGAGCAGUUGUACCCCAUCAUAGAGACCGGCGGAUCCGACUCUGCUGCCUUUGACAACGUUCUUGAGCUUCUCGUAGUUAACGGUGUCGUCACUCUUCCUGAGGCCAUCAUGAUGUUGAUUCCCGAGGCCUGGCAAGGCAACGAGAACAUGGAACCAGGAAAGAGGGCAUUCUAUAACUGGGCGGCAUGUCUUCAGGAGCCAUGGGAUGGCCCUGCACUGUUCGCCUUCAGUGACGGCCGGUUCUGCGGUGCGAAUCUUGAUCGCAAUGGUCUUCGACCCUGCCGAUAUGUCGUCACCAGCGAUGACAUCAUGGUCUGCGCCUCUGAAGUCGGUGUUAUAUCUGUUCCUCCCGAGAAAGUCGUACAGAAGGGCCGCCUGAAGCCAGGUCGCAUGCUGCUUGUUGACACUAAGGAAGGAAGGAUUGUCGACGACAAGGAGCUUAAGAGAACCACUGCUUCCAAACAGAACUUUGCUUCUUGGGUUGAAGCCCACGUCCUUCACGUACCCAACAUCAUGAAGCGGGCCCGACGUAGUCAUGUUGUUCUUGAGCCUGUCCUCGACGACUCGCCUCUUAGCAGUGACCCGAGGCUAUUGGCGUUUGGUUUCACUGUCGAGCAGCUCAACCUGCUCAUGCUUCCUAUGCUUUCCGACGGAAAGGAAGCGUUAGGAUCAAUGGGUAAUGACGCUCCUUUAGCUGUGAUGGCCACCCAACCUCGUCUUAUCUAUGACUAUUUCCGUCAACUCUUCGCUCAAGUUACGAAUCCUCCCAUUGAUCCCAUCCGUGAAAACAUCGUCAUGUCUUUAGAAGCGUACGUAGGUCCGGAAGGCAACUUGCUAGAGAUGAAACCUGAACAAUGCCACCGUAUUAUGUUACCCUCGCCUCUCAUCUCCAUCGAGGAGAUGAACGCCAUGAAAAAUCUCAAAUCUGCCUACGGUACCUGGCCGUCCAGAACUAUCGACAUCACAUUCCCGAAGGAAGAGGGUCUUCCCGGCUAUCAGCUUGCUCUAGAGCGAGUCUGCAGUGAAUCCACCGAAGCUAUCGAUGAUGGUGUGAAGGUGAUUAUUCUCUCGGAUCGAGCGACAAGCUCUGGUCGCGUUCCCCUUUCAGCCCUGAUUGCCUGUGGAGGCGUUCAUCAUCAUCUCGUUCUUCAAAAGAAGCGUGCUAAGAUUGCCUUAAUGGUGGAAACUGGCGAAGCUCGUGAAGUUCACCACCUCUGUGUUCUGGUUGGUUAUGGUGCUGAUGCUAUUUGCCCAUGGUUGGUGAUGGAGACUAUACACAAAGUUGGGCGAGAGAAACUUAUCAAAGACGACAAAACGGUUGCUGAGCUUCUGGAUAACUACCGACACUCUGUCGAUAACGGUAUUCUGAAGGUUAUGUCAAAAAUGGGCAUCUCCACGCUGCAGUCCUACAAGGGUGCCCAGAUUUUCGAAAUCCUUGGUUUGCACAGUCAGGUCGUCGAACGAUGCUUCAUCGGGACCGCGAGCCGAGUCCAAGGGACGACCUUUGAUCUUCUCGCGAUGGAUGCUUUUGAGCUCCAUGAACGUGGCUGGCCAACUCGUGACACCAUCAUCCCACCUGGUAUGCCUGAAUCAGGUGAAUAUCAUUGGCGUGACGGAGGUGAAGCCCAUAUCAACGACCCCACGGGCAUCGCCAACCUUCAGGACGCGGUAAGGGAGAAAAAUCAAGGUGCUUACGAUGCGUACUCUCGGAAUGCCGAUGAACAGGUUAAGCGAGUUCAAUUACGUGGACUACUAGAUUUUAGAUACGAACACGCCACCGCUAUUCCUAUCGAACAGGUUGAGCCCUGGAAUGAAAUCGUUCGUCGAUUCGUCACCGGUGCCAUGUCAUAUGGGUCUAUCUCGAUGGAAGCACACUCUACUCUUGCCGUCGCUAUGAAUCGUCUCGGUGGAAAGUCCAACACUGGGGAAGGAGGUGAAGAUGCAGAACGGUCACUUAUUCUCAGCAACGGCGAUACCAUGCGCUCGGCCAUUAAACAAGUUGCGUCUGGAAGAUUCGGCGUUACAUCCAACUAUCUUGCCGACGCAGACGAGCUCCAGAUUAAGAUGGCGCAAGGUGCGAAGCCUGGGGAGGGUGGGGAACUACCAGGACACAAGGUUUCGGGAUCUAUUGCACGAACUCGUCAUUCCACCGCCGGUGUUGGCCUAAUAUCUCCUCCUCCACAUCAUGAUAUCUAUUCCAUUGAGGACUUGAAACAACUCAUCUAUGAUCUCAAGUGUUCGAAUCCUCGUGCCCGUGUUUCCGUGAAGCUGGUGUCAGAAGUCGGCGUUGGCAUUGUAGCAAGUGGUGUCGCGAAGGCGAAGGCAGACCACAUCCUUAUUUCUGGACAUGAUGGUGGCACCGGGGCAUCCCGAUGGACGGGGAUCAAAUAUGCAGGUUUACCGUGGGAACUGGGUCUGGCGGAGACACAUCAGACCUUGGUAUUGAAUGACCUUCGUGGCCGAGUUACUGUCCAAACCGAUGGCCAGAUCCGAACAGGCAGGGAUAUUGCCAUUGCUUGCUUGUUGGGUGCAGAAGAAUGGGGUUUCGCUACAACACCAUUAAUUGCGAUGGGUUGCAUCAUGAUGCGAAAAUGUCAUCUGAACACUUGUCCUGUGGGUAUUGCCACCCAAGAUCCUCAACUCCGUGCCAAGUUUGCUGGCCAGCCCGAACAAGUCAUCAACUUCUUCUACUAUCUUGCGGAAGAAUUGCGCGGUUACAUGGCUAAGCUCGGUUUCCGUACUAUCAACGAGAUGGUUGGACGAGCGGAUAUGCUCAAGGUCAAUGAGAAGAUGCGCACACCUAAGACUGCGCACCUAGACCUUUCUGCCCUCUUGAAACCAGCUUGGCAGAUGCGUCCCGGUGCAGCGACUUACCGUGUCCGCUCACAGGAUCACAAGCUGUAUAUCCGACUGGAUAACAAGUUCAUCGAUGAGUCCGAGCCGGCUCUCACCAAAGGCCUUCCCGUCCACAUUGAUUGCGAUGUCACUAAUACCGACCGUGCCCUGGGCACUUCACUGUCAUAUCGCGUAUCUAAGUCCUACGGCGAGGAAGGCCUUCCGAAAGAUACUAUUCAUGUACAAAUGCGCGGAUCCGCCGGCCAGGCAUGCGGUGCCUUCCUUGCGCCAGGUAUUACUAUCGAACUGGAAGGCGAUGCAAACGAUUACGUCGGCAAAGGUCUUUCUGGAGGUCGUCUGAUCGUAUAUCCGCCUAAGGCAUCCACAUUCAAGGCUGAAGAGAACGUCAUCAUUGGAAACGUUUGUUUGUAUGGCGCUACGUCCGGCGAAGCCUUUAUUCGUGGUGUCGCUGCCGAACGUUUCGCGGUCAGGAACUCUGGCGCCAAUGCCGUAGUUGAGGGCACUGGUGACCACGGGUGUGAGUAUAUGACCGGUGGACGAGUAGUUGUACUUGGCACAACUGGGCGCAACUUUGCGGCAGGAAUGAGCGGGGGUAUCGCCUAUGUCCUCGACACCGCUCACACGUUCGCCUCAAAAGUGAACAUGGAGAUGGUUGAACUCGGCAAAGUCACCGAUCCCCGUGAAAUCGCCGCUCUGCGCAGUCUCAUCGAAGAUCAUCGUCAUUAUACUGGGUCUGAGGUGGCUGACCGAGUGUUGCACGAUUUCCACCACCUUCUACCCUUGUUCGUCCGCGUGAUGCCGCUAGAUUACAAACGAGUGUUGGAGGAGCAAGCGGCACGUCAGAAGGAAGAAAAGAUGAGGCAAAGUGUUAUUGACCUCGUUCCUUCACGGACAGCCAGCCAAGUCGAUUUGGCUUCUGAAGGCCUGGAAGACAUUCUUCUGCCUAAGGGUCCUCUGUCGCAUUCUCUUCCAGUCACUCCCAAGUCUCGUCACGAGCCUUCCGUAGUCGACCUAGAGGACUCUGUCGUGGACGAUUCCUCAACGAAGCUGCGUCUGAAUAAGCUAGACAAAACUCGUGGCUUCAUGAAGUAUAAGCGCUUGGGGGAGGCCUACCGCCCUCCUCGUAAACGUGUCAAGGACUGGAAGGAGAUUUCUACUCGUUUGACCGAAAGCGAGCUCAAGUAUCAAUCCGCCCGCUGUAUGGAUUGUGGCGUACCCUUCUGUCAGUCCGACACCGGUUGUCCUAUCUCGAAUAUCAUUCCCAAGUGGAACGAUCUCGUCUUCAAAGGCCAAUGGAGGGAUGCACUCAAUCGACUCCUGAUGACCAACAACUUCCCAGAGUUCACUGGACGGGUGUGCCCUGCCCCCUGCGAAGGAGCAUGUGUUCUAGGAAUCAACGAGCAGCCUGUCGGCAUCAAGAGCAUUGAGUGCGCUAUCAUCGAUAAGGGUUUCGAGAUGGGCUGGAUGGCUCCGAAUCCUCCUUCCUUCCGAACUGGCAAGAGAGUCACCAUCAUAGGAUCAGGCCCCGCCGGAUUGGCUUGCGCCGAUCAGCUCAACAAAGCAGGUCAUCUAGUCACCGUCUAUGAUCGAAAUGAUCGCUUUGGAGGUUUGCUGAUGUACGGUAUUCCCAACAUGAAACUUGACAAGUCCAUUGUUCAGCGGCGUAUCGACCUCAUGACUGCUGAAGGCAUCACCUUUGUCGCGAAUGCGAAUAUUGGGUUUGACAUUGAUGUGAACACGCUUCGGGAGGAGAAUGAUGCUGUUGUUCUUUGUACAGGCGCCACAUGGCCUCGGGACUUGAAGAUUCCUAACCGCGAAGUGAAUGGUAUCCACUUCGCCAUGGAGUUCUUACAGCUCAACACGAAGUCUCUCCUUGACUCUGAGCUCGAGAAUGGUAACUACAUCAAUGCCAAAGGCAAGGACGUCAUCGUGAUUGGAGGUGGUGACACUGGAAACGAUUGUAUCGGAACGUCGAUGCGCCACGGCGCGAAGUCUGUCACGAAUUUUGAGUUACUGCCCAGGCCGCCGGUCUCUCGUGGGAGGGACAACCCAUGGCCGCAAUGGCCUCGGAUCUUCCGCUCUGACUACGGUCAUACCGAAGUUGCUGCCCACUUUGGAAAUGAUCCUCGCGAAUACUGUAUCUCCACUAAGGACUUUGUCGUUGAUGAAGAGGGUCAGCUCAAAGGUUUGAAUACCGUUCGCGUCGAAUGGACCAAAGAUAGUGGCGGAAGAUGGAAGAUGGAGGAAGUUCCUGGAUCUGAAAAAUUCUUCCCUGCACAAUUGGUCUUCCUGGCGCUCGGUUUUCUGGGUCCUCAGGCUGAAGUUAUCAAAGCUUUGGGGCUCAAACAGGACGCCCGUUCUAACAUCCAGACACCAUUCAAAAAAUAUUCGACCAACGUCGAGGGUGUCUUCGCUGCGGGUGAUUGCAGACGUGGACAGUCCUUGAUCGUUUGGGGUAUCAACGAGGGUCGUGGCGCUGCUGCCGAAGUCGACGGAUAUCUCAGUGCAGGGUCUACCCGCCUUCCAAGUGCGGGAGGUAUUAAGACACGGUUUUUCACACCGCCCCCCACCAACCUUGGAAAGUCUUUUGAAGUUUCUGUCAGCGCCUGAUAUUCGCACGAUGAAAUGACAUAUCCAAAAGGAUGCUAUAUAUUCUGGGGUGAACAUGUUGAAGAUUUGUAACGAUUGUACAACUAUCUUAAGUACCUUAUUUUUUCGG